AAACAAAAUAAAAUUAUGUAAUUAGAUUUUUAAAUUUACAAAAAAAUAUUCGAAUCCAAAAUCUUUUUAUCGAAUCUUUAUUUGUGUUCGUCAUUUGUGAAUAAAGUCAUUUGCGGGCGCGCUUUCGAAUCGAGUUUUUUUUCGCGUUCGAAUUUUUUUUCGCGUUCGAAAUCAAAAUAAUCAUUGCAAUUUUCAUGAAAAUGUCAUCAACUUUUGAACAAUUUCGAUCGAAACGAACCGAAAUGAUUACCAUUAUUGAUCAGGAAAUAAUUGAUUCAAAAGUACAAUUACAAUUACUUCGAUUAAAAUUAUCUGAAUAUCGAAAAGAUUUUAAUGAAAAAAAGAAUACUAAUAAUAAACAUUUGGUUGAAGAUAAAUCCAUACAAACAAUCGGCCAUGAAGAUAGAUCCGUACAAGUUGAUCAAAAUGAUUUUGUUGCUGUUGCCGUCGAAGAGAAAACUGAAGAAUUUGUUCCGAUUCAAAGGCAUAAUCGAUCAAAAACAACAACAAAGAUAAAAAAUGAUCAACGAAAAUCGACAAAUACAAUGAUGAUCCAGCAACAUCAAACAAAACCAAAAAUGUUACUAAUCAACGAUCGUUAUGAACAAUAUUUAGAACGAAUUAAUCGAAUGAAACAACAACAAAAACAACAAGCGAUGACGACAACAACAGAAAACAAUCAAACAAAAUUGAAUAAAAUUGACAACGAUAAACAACAACAAGCGACGACGACGACAAAAAUAACACGUAGUGUAGCUGUUGAUACUAUGUCUCCACCAUCGGUAUUUGAUUUGAUUCCAUUUUCCGAUCAAACUGUUUAUCUUGAUUUGCCACCGGAAUCAAAAAGGAUUCGAAAACAGCGACGACCAAUUGCAAAAGCAAAUGAUGAUGUGGAAAAAUUGACCGAACAUUUACGGCAAUCAUUGACGACAACUGUUGUUGAUGAUGAUGAUUCGAAUCAUAAACAAGAUGCUGACCAAAAAGAAAUGAAUGCGGAUAAUGAUAAUACAUCAUCAUUGUUUCGAACAUUAUUACAAUCAUCAUCAUCGACAUCGACAAAAUCAAAUGAAAAAAAACAAACAACAAAACCAGAUGAUGCUUCAAUCAAUGCCAUUAUAGAUGAUGAUAAGGAUGAUGAUAAUAAUCAAUUAUCAAUGACAAAUAUAACAUUACCAUCAAUGUUAAACAAUCUUACUAAUCAAACAUUAUUGUUGAUUGAUGAUGAUGACCAUGAUGAUAGUAUUGAUUAUGAAAAAUUUUGGAAAGAUGUUUUCACGAAAGCAGGAUUGAAAAAAUGAAAAAAUUGGGGAAUGAUGAAUGGUGGUGGUGGUCUUCGGAUAAUCCUUUCAGAUCCUUAUUGUUGCUGUCGGCGUAGCUGAAUGUUGUUGAUGGAAUGGUGGUCUUCGUUUUUCAUAUUGUCGAUCCAUUGUUUCGAAAAAU